ACAUUAUCCGAUUAGUGUGGAUUUUAUCUUAACUGAGUUCUGUCGGAAAGAGACGAAGACGAUGAUGAAGUUGCAAGGAGGACUUCUCCAAUGGAGUCCAAGCAGCUUAAUUCCCUCCAUCAACACGGCGAUCAGAACAACGCGUCUCUCUAUCUCCGCCUGCGUCGUGGAGCGGAACCACCAGCUGACGGCGAGGGAGAGGCGGCAGCUCCGGAACGAGAGGCGGGAGAGCAAAUCGGGGUACAGCUGGAGAGAAGAAGUGGAGGAGCGUCUGAUCAAGAAACCGAAGAAACGUUACGCGUCGUGGACGGAGGAGCUGAAUCUGGAUACUUUGGCUGAUGCGGGUCAGCAGUGGUGGGUGGUUAGAGUCUCAAGAGUAAGGGGUCACGAGACCGCUCAAGUCUUGGCUCGAGCUCUCGCUCGUCAGUUCCCUGAGAUGGAAUUCACGGUGUAUGCUCCGGCUGUUCAGGUGAAGAGGAAGCUAAAGAACGGUUCGAUAUCUGUUAAACCGAGACCGGUGUUCCCGGGUUGUAUUUUCAUCAGAUGUAUAUUGAACAAAGAGAUUCAUGACGCCAUAAGAGAAGUUGAGGGAGUUGGAGGUUUCAUUGGUUCAAAAGUUGGAAACACCAAGAGACAAAUUAAUAAACCGAGACCGGUGGAUGAUAGUGACUUGGAAGCAAUUUUCAAACAAGCGAAAGAAGAGCAAGAGAAAGCAGACAGUGAGUUUGAUGAGGGAAAACGAGCUGAGGAAGAAGCUAGUUUAGCAUUGCAGAAAGCUCUUGCAUCUAAUUCAGAUGGUACUGAGACGGUAGAAUCUCUAGCAGAAACUAAACCGGAAAGGGCUCCGAGGAAAGCUACUCUUGCCACUGAAACAAAGGCCAAGAAGAAGAAACUUGCUGCCGGUUCUACAGUUCGGGUUCUAUCAGGGACAUUUGCGGAGUUUGUUGGCAACCUAAAGAAACUGAACCGUAAAACCGCAAAGGCAACGGUGGGCUUCACUUUGUUUGGGAAGGAGACUCUAGUGGAGAUUGACAUCAAUGAACUUGUUCCUGAGAUUCAGUCUUAAACAUACAUGUGAUUUUUGUUAUUUAGUUUGCAAAGAAAAUGCAUUAACGCUCCAGAUGCUUGGGCAAUGAUUUUGUAUCUUCCUUAGAAAAAUAAGUUCAGAAAAAUCAAA